AGGGUUGAAAAUUGGCCACCGGAAGCACCCGAGUUCUUUCUCCGGCGGCUAUUCGACUACUAAUCAACACGAUUCAGCGGCAUAACCCUCGCCGAUUUGAUAAAUGGAAGCCAAUCGGAAUCAGAAGAGGAUCAGGAAUCGCAUUUCGAAAAGAAAAAAUGUACGUGACAAGGCCUCUUUCUCUGUACAGAAACUCUCCGUCGUCCCUAUCAUCGGCGCCGCCGGAGGGUCCGAAUUCGGGGAUUUUGGUGAUCCAAGACGAAGAACCUGCGGAAACCAGAUGGUGCUGUGGAUUGUUUAAGACGAAGGAGUCCGUGAAGGAACUGCCCUUCCCUCAGAACAAGAUUCUGCGGCUUACACAUGCGGCUGAAGCAGGAGAAAUUGAGUACUCUGAAUCGGUACGCGCAGUGCUCAUUCCAGUUCUGAAUCUCCCCCUCUCUUCCAACCAAUAUUAUAUCAUCAAUUCUCACGGCACUCGAAAAGGGCUAGCAUGCACAAGUUCUAAGGAAGAAGAAACAAGCGGUCGCUGCUGCUACAGCGUUCUGGAUCCGCCGCCACAACUUUUCGACCCAAAAAAUGCAUAUCAACAAUUCCAAAUCAGCGAUUACAUAUACUGUGGAGGACCCAACGGUUACAUCACCAAGUCCAUGGCACCGGACGGGGUUCCUCCAAAACGCCUAAGCCGCAAGGGCUUGAGAGCAUACACCCAACCCCUCAAAAACUUCGAACCCACUGAAGCACUCGGUCUCAACCCCUCCCUACGAGGCCGCCUCCCCGAGAUCAAAUCUUCGGACCCAGUGGUGGUUGGGAAGUGGUAUUGCCCUUUCAUCUUCAUUCGAGAAGGAGAUGUUAGUUCUCAGAUGAGUAACUCGCCGUAUUACGAAAUGACUCUCCGGCGGGAUUGGUUUGAAAUAUUUGGAUGCGAGAGCUCCGGCGAAGGGAACAAUGGCGUGGAUGUGGAUGUUUAUGUGGAGAGGGAGGUGGCUUCGGUUGCUGGUGGGGCGGCUGCGCGUAGAAGGUAUGGCGGCGAUGGGUUUGUGUGGUUUGAGGCGGCGGGGGUGGGGCUGAGCACGGCGAUUGUGGAGAGGGUGAAGUGGGAGGAGGGGAGAGAGGGGUUUGGAUGGGUUGAAGAAGGGGAAGAGAAGAAGAUUAGGGUGAGGCGAAGGGAGGAGUUGAAAGGGGUGGGAAUUUGGAGGAGGUUUGGGUGUUAUGUGUUGGUUGAGAGGUUUGUGCUGAAGAGAAUGGAUGGGAGUGUGGUUCUUACUUGGGAAUUUAGGCACACUCAUCAGCUUACAACCAAAUGGGAGUGAGAUAGACAUUGUUCUUCCUUGCCGAGUUAUGUAUUUCUUUUGUUAUUGCUUUGGUUGAUCACAUAAAAAGACCUUGUGAAUAGUUCAUGUUUAUAUGGUUCGAUAUAGCUCUCAUAAAUCUGAUCUAAUUGUCAUAAUUCUGUUCUAAUUAAUGGACAUUAUUGGUAUGAGAUAAUGUGUGCUAGGAGUGGGUUUGACAACUAGUCCUGUCACGGUCAUGCUCAUCCAAAGCGUGUUGCACAUGGCCGCAUGCUCAUGACAAGCCCAACCGUUUGUCU